UUCGUAGCACAGCCACUCGACAUCGGACAUCGGUUCUUACGAAUAUUGGUAAAAAUUUGUAAAUCGCUGUUUUAAAAACUUAAUUAAAGUGCUGCUGCCGGUCCUAAAAGCACCUGGCCGUGUUCGCGUCGAAAUUCGUGUCGCUUUGCUCUGAUCGUGCGGUUCUUGCUGAUUAUCAACAAAUGCCAAAAUUUCGUCAAGGCGAAUAAAAAUUGUAUAUGUACACAUUGGGAGCAGUGAACAUUAAGUGUACUAAAAAAUCAAUACCCAGCAGCGGAAUAUAAGCAAGUCGGCACCUGUAAUUAUCCAAAAAUCCAGCUACAUGUCACAAUCACCUCAGCUGAAGCGACAGAAAAUGUCCCAGGGGAAAAAGUUCGGCGAUGGAGACCCAUUUAAUUACCAGGAGCUGAACAUCAUUGGCACAGGUGCUUAUGGAACGGUCUACAGAGCCCGGGAUGUGAUGAGCGGUAAUAUAGUGGCCCUGAAGAAAGUGAGGAUUUCGCUGAACGAGAAUGGAGUGCCAAUGUCCACGCUGCGGGAAAUUUCGCUGCUCAAGCAACUGAAUGCCAGCAAUCAUGCAAAUAUAGUCAAACUGUUCGAAGUAUGCCAGUUUCUGGAGCGAGAUGGCCAACUGUUGAUUCUUCUGGUUUUCGAGCAUUUGGAACAGGAUCUGUCGGAUCUUAUAGAUAGACUGCCCAAAUCGGGCAUGUCGCCUCCUACAAUUCAGCGCCUGUCGAGGGAAUUACUUACUGGAGUGGACUUUCUGCACUCGCAUCGCAUCAUCCAUCGGGAUUUGAAGCCCCAGAAUUUGCUAGUCUCGUCGCAGGGUCACCUCAAGAUCGCCGACUUUGGCCUGGCCAAAACGUACGGAUCGGAAAUGAAGCUCACUUCGGUGGUGGUCACCUUGUGGUAUCGAGCCCCCGAAGUACUGCUUGCCCAGCCCUAUAAUAGCACCGUAGAUAUCUGGAGUGCCGCCUGCAUUAUCUUUGAGAUGUUUAACCGCAGGGCUUUGUUUCCCGGAACCUCUGAAAAGAACCAGCUGGAUCGCAUCUUCGAACUGACUGGUCGGCCCACCGAACAGCAAUGGCCCCAGACUAUUUCAGUGGCCCUGGAGCACUUUCCCCAGCGGCAUCCAAAGAGACCAAGAGACUUUUGUCCCCAUUUGUGCAAAUAUGCCGAUGGCCUGUUGAAUCAAAUGCUAUCCUACGACCUGCACCUGCGACCAUCCGCCUUGGCUUGCCUGGAGCACGAGUACUUCCAGCAGGAGCCACUAUAGCCCUGCUAUCGAAACAUAUCCCAGAAAGAUGAAGAAAGCGAGAAAUCGUUACGGCCUCGGCCUCGCUUCGUUCUUGUUACAAUGUUCCUUUAAGUGUAGUGAAGCAUUUUGUUUAUUUUUUUCGCGUCAGUCCAGUUAUGGUGUCCGGAUCCGGGUCCGGAAUGAAGAAUAUAAAUACCUUAAUAUGUUUGUAGUCGUAAGCUAAGUGUAAACAUAAAAACAAACAUUGUCGUGUCGUAUAAUUAUUACUGCCGAUCAACUGAUAACCGUUAAAUGUGAAACGAUUCUCGAGGGCGCUUUAGAGCCCCUCCAAAUGUGAUACACAAAGUUCAGGAAUGCAUUAUACAAUUUCAAAAUUUUGUACAACAACUACAAUUUAUAUAUGCAACUAUAUAUACAGCGUAAACUUA